GCAUGUGUCAUUCAAUAGCCUCGCUCAGCACCAGGAAGUUCGCAUUUUGUGCAGGAUGGAAAGCUUAAGCUGCUGUGCUUUAACAGGGCAUCAUGGGUAACACGGAGAGCGUGGUGGUGCAGAAGCGGCUGGCCCGCUUCCGCCCCGAGGAGCGGACGGUGGUCGAGGGGGUCUUCGACAGGCUCCUGGGCGCCGCCGGGGGCCCUUCAGCACCCCCCGGGAGAACGCCAGCGGGGACAACUCUAACUCUUGAGAUGCUGCAGUCCUCAAUGGGCAGCCUGGCACCAGACUCCAUGGUGAGGAGGGUCUACCAGUCCAUGUGCAGUAUUGACCCCGGACCGGCAGCUUCUGGGAAAACCAGCACCUCUGCAGCCUCCGGAGUCGGUCGAGAGCAAUUGGUCGUCUUCCUAGCAGACACCCUGCGAGGCACCGCAGAAGAGCGGGCUCCUCUCGUCAUGGCCAUGGCCAUGUCCCAGAGCGGAGACGAGGCAGCGGUGGCUGUAACGCGCGAGCAGCUAGCAGAGUUCCUCCAAGACCUGAUAUCUGCUGUAGUUUGGAUUCUGGUCCACAGAGGGCGCCUGCAGGCCUGGCAGCCAGAGAGAAUGGGUGACAGCUCCCUGGGUGUCCAACUCCUGGCAGAGCAGAUGUGUUCUGAACUCAAACCCUCAGAUGAGGGAGGUUGUGAUGUUUCCUGUCUGGAGGACUGGAUCUUCAGGGUCUCCCAGGUAUCGCUGUACCUGGAGAUGCUGGUAGCUGAGGGCCUAAAAGUGUCCCUGAGUGGCCGGCCGGCCCCCACCCUGCUGCCCCCCUGCAGGGACACGCCCUGGAAAGAGCUGAGGUGUCUGCUGCUGGACAUUCCCACCCUCAUGUUUCUGGCACCACAGUUGCCGGACAGCUACAGCGCCCCCUGGAGGCUUGUGUUUUCCACGCAGCUACACGGGGAGAGCUUCAGCCGAAUGGUGGGCGGCCUGACAAAGUGCGGGCCCACGCUGCUGCUCAUCAAAGACACAAAGGGCCACGUUUUUGGGGGCUUCGCCUCCCACGCCUGGGAGACCAAACCUCAGUUCCAGGGUGACUCCAGAUGCUUCCUGUUCACCGUGUUCCCCAGACUGAGAGUUUAUACAGCAACAGGAUACAACCAGCACUUCAUGUACCUCAACCAGAACCAGCAGACCAUGCCCAACGGACUGGGUAUGGGCGGUCAGCACGGCUACUUCGGCCUGUGGCUGGACAGUGAUUUUGGCCGUGGUCAUAGCCGGGCGCGGCCCAAGUGCACCACCUACGGCAGCCCUCAGCUAUCCGGAGAGGAGGAAUUCACCCUGGACUCAGUGGAGGUGUGGGCGGUCGGAAAACCCCCCGAACCAGAGGAGGGCAAGGAGGGGAAGGGCAAGAAGAGCAUCCUGGAUGCGGAUCUAGAGGUCCAGGCCAUGAUGGAGAUGACAGGGAAGACUCUACACAGUCAGGGCCUCAGGGAGCCAGAGGAAGACCAAGAGCAGUGAGGGGCAACAGGGAGAUAGACCCAAAACAAUUUGAACUUAUUGGGGCUCCCAGUCCACCUGGUACUACUGAUACAAAUUGGGAUUUUAUCAUCCGUCACACCUGGUUAACAUUUACUCCUGACUUUUAAGACAUGUCCUCUGUAUACGAUAUAGGGAUAUGAGAUUUCUGUUUCCCUGUCUUUAAGCUUGGACCUUUUAACCCACAAAAUGCAGCUCUUUUGGAUCACUGAACCCUGAGAGGCAACUGAGGGACAAUAUCUGGUGAUCCAAACUGACCUGAAUUGUUUUCUCACCUGUGUUUAUAACUUUUAAAACGUUUUGAUGGGAUAAUCUUUCUAAUUUACUUUUUUUUUCUCUAUCUGUGAUUAACAUCUAUCUGGAUUUUUUUGUUGUUGUCAGGAUCAUUUUUCUAAGUGUUUGUUGUUGUAUUACUCAUUUUGGCCACAAGAGGCUGAGAUGCACCACUACAUUUUCUAAAUAGCACUAAAAUCAUUUGUGUUUUCUUCAAGGUUUUAAUUUACAUAUCACACAAUAUAAUUGUGUUUAGAUUGUAUGGAUCAUUUAAAAGUCACCUGGUAGAAAACACAAAUUAUUUUAGCACUAUUUUGAACAUGGGGGGACAUGGGUCACAGAUGGCAAAACAUUAUACUUUAAACAAACAAUGUCCGUCCUAUUUCACAGAAGAACAUAAACACAGUUGAGAAAACAAUUUAGAUCAGAAAAUGGAUACCUAGAUUUUCAUUUUUUUGCUCGCUUGCCUCACAGGGCUUCCAUAUUUCAUAACACUAAAGUCAUUCUCAUGUUUACACCGAUCAGCUGUUGAAGAUGGCGUUUGCUAAAGAAGAUGUCAGAAGUCAUUACAACAGAAACCGGGCCGACAAGGUUUAAGUAGGUCUGAAGGCAGCUUAUAAUUGGUCUGUAAAGUCAAAUCUAACCCCUUCACUCACAACUGAGAGCUACCAGUGUGCAUAAAGCCAGCUUCUGUCAUCAGUGUGAAA